UUGGUUCAGAAGUUAAAAAUGGCGUCGUACUGUAUGACUGUGGCCAGACUCCAGUUGAUUCUUGGAAAAGGAGCAAGACGGUUUCAUGUCUCUGCAGCCUUCAGCGCUAAGGCCAAAGUGGCCAUGAGCCACUUUGAGCCAGGCUCUCAUGUUAACUAUAAGAAGAUGCACGAGAACAUCAACAUCGUUCGCAGAAGGCUGAACAGGCCUCUCACUCUGUCGGAGAAGAUCGUUUAUGGCCACCUGGAUGAUCCAGCAGGGCAGGAGAUUGACCGUGGUCGCACUUAUCUGCGUCUGCGACCAGACCGGGUGGCCAUGCAGGAUGCUACGGCCCAAAUGGCCAUGCUGCAGUUCAUAAGCAGCGGCCUGCCCAGAGUGGCUGUUCCCUCCACCAUCCACUGCGAUCACCUGAUUGAAGCUCAGGUCGGAGGGGUUCAGGACCUACAGAGGGCUAAGGAUGUAAACGAGGAAGUGUACAACUUUCUUGCAACUGCUGCAGCAAAAUACGGCGUUGGCUUCUGGAAACCAGGCUCAGGGAUCAUUCAUCAGAUCAUCCUGGAGAAUUAUGCUUAUCCUGGGGUGAUGCUGAUUGGUACCGACUCUCACACACCCAACGGCGGCGGUCUGGGGGGCAUCUGUAUCGGAGUGGGUGGAGCCGAUGCUGUCGAUGUCAUGGCUGGAAUCCCCUGGGAGCUCAAGUGCCCCAAAGUGAUUGGAGUGAGGUUGAUAGGAAGUCUGUCUGGCUGGACCUCCCCAAAAGAUGUCAUCCUGAAGGUCGCUGGCAUCCUGACGGUGAAAGGAGGCACGGGGGCCAUAGUGGAGUAUCAUGGACCAGGAGUUGACUCCAUCUCUUGCACUGGAAUGGCCACUAUCUGUAACAUGGGUGCUGAAAUUGGAGCCACUACGUCUGUUUUUCCAUACAAUCACCGCAUGAAGACGUACUUGGAGAAAACCGGUCGUGAAGAAAUUGCAUCAGUGGCCGAUGAGUUUAAAGAGGACUUGGUGCCAGAUGAAGGUUGUGAAUACGACCAAGUCAUUGACAUCAACCUGAGCGAGUUGAAGCCCCACAUCAAUGGACCAUUCACCCCUGACUUGGCCCACCCAGUCUCUGAGAUAGGGGCCAUAGCUAAGAAGAAAGGCUGGCCCCUGGAGGUUAAAGUUGGUCUGAUCGGCAGCUGCACCAACUCGAGCUAUGAAGACAUGGGCAGAGCAGCCUCUCUGGCCAAGCAGGCUCUGGAUAAAGGACUGAAGUGCCAGGCCCAGUUCACAGUUACACCAGGGUCUGAACAAAUUCGAGCCACAAUCGAGAGAGAUGGAUAUGCCAAGAUCCUGAGUGAUGUUGGAGGAAUUGUCCUUGCUAACGCGUGCGGUCCUUGCAUUGGACAGUGGGACAGGAGGGAUGUGAAAAAAGGAGAGAAGAACACCAUCGUCACAUCUUUCAACAGGAACUUCACAGCCAGGAACGAUGCUAAUCCAGCUACUCAUGCUUUUGUCACGUCUCCUGAGAUUGUCACUGCGCUGGCUCUCGCUGGGACCCUUGACUUCAACCCAGAGACUGACUACUUGACUUCCCCCAGCGGGGAGAAGUUUAAGCUUGAACCCCCCACUGGUGAUGAGCUCCCCUCCAAAGACUUUGACCCCGGCCAGGACACCUACCAGUACCCCCCUGCAGAGAGCAGCACAGUCAUGGUGGAUGUAAACCCCUCCAGUAACCGUCUGCAGCUGUUGGAGCCCUUUGACAAGUGGAAUGGAAAAGAUCUGGAGGACAUGAGAAUCCUCAUCAAGGUGAAGGGAAAAUGCACCACUGACCACAUCAGUGCCGCCGGGCCCUGGCUGAAAUUCCGUGGUCACCUGGACAACAUCUCCAACAACCUGCUGAUCGGCGCCGUCAACAUCGAGAACAACGCCGUCAACAAGGUGAAGAACCUCCUGACGGGGGAGUACGGAGGUGUCCCAGAUGUGGCCCGUUUCUACAAGGGCAACGGCGUGAACUGGGUGGUGGUAGGAGACGAGAACUACGGUGAAGGAUCCAGUCGAGAGCACGCUGCUCUGGAGCCACGCCACCUGGGAGGAAGAGCCAUCAUCGUCAAGAGCUUUGCCAGAAUCCACGAGACUAAUCUGAAGAAGCAGGGCCUGCUGCCGCUGACCUUCGCAGACCCCAGUGAUUACGACAAAAUUCUCCCAGAUGAUAAGAUUUCAAUUACCGGCCUGAAAUCCUUAGCCCCCGGCAAGCCGCUGACAGCGGUGAUCAAACACUGCGACGGAAGCCAGGAGUCCAUCUCGCUGAACCACACCUUCAACGAGACGCAGAUCGAGUGGUUCAAGGCCGGCUCCGCCCUCAACAGGAUGAAGGAGCUGCAGUAAUGAUGAAGAGGAAGGUGGCAGUGUGUGUGGAGGCCAUUUCCUCGGGCUCAGAAGGGGGAGAGAUACAGACCAGGAGAUGGGCUUCACAAAGUGAGAUCGAGGGAGGGUAACCAGACUUGAUUUAGGCUCAUGUAGUCAUUCUGUCAGACAAACAAAGUCGCUGUACAGAUGGAAGCGCACAUAAAGACACGUUAGCACUAAAAUACAGUAUAGAAACAGGAUUACUGUGAACCCCUCCCAGUUCACACGCAGAUUUGCACAAAUGCAUUUAAAACAACACGUAAGAAUAACAAAACAUAAUGAAGCUGAAUCUUAAUAAUUAAGUUUAUUUAAAAUUGGACAUGAAAAUAAUACAGCCUAAUUAACAUGGAGCCUAAAAUCAAAAGUCAGUUAUAUUAGGACACAAAGAAAUUGAAACGUGGCUUCAGUUUAUAAUCGGACUUUCUUUUGAGUUCACAUUUUGUAUUUGAUUAGUAAAACUGGUAUCACUUCUGCUUCUCUAAAAUAAUGGAUUAAAAUAAAACAAUCCAGUAACAGCUACUUCACACUCUCAGCAAUGAUUGUUCCUGGUGGAAUCGAAUUAGACUUGGAAAGAAUAAAGUGAGAAAGAGAAUUUAACAUAUUUAAAGAAGCUUUAAUAUCUUUAACUGUUGAAUUUACUCCAAGGUACUUAUUUUUCUUUGUUAGUGUUUGUCUCAGUAGAACAAUGGCUGCAUAAGAUGACUUCAACUUGUUAGUGUACUUUUAUUUUGUUGUCUCAAUCCGUGAAGUUUGAAGAGAAACUGGACUUUGCUGCUGUUUGACUUCAUUACUGAUGUGAACAGCAGUCACUGAUUGAUUUGUGCCACUCUAAACUAGAGCUGCCUCACGUGCGUGAAAAAUUUUUCACUAAUUUCUUUACAGACAAGGAAUUUGAGCCAAACUAGCAGGAUUGUUUAUUUAAUGUAGGAAGUGUUGCUAAAUCCCCGUCUGUCCUCCACACACGCUGAGCGCUCCUGAACAUAAACCAGAACCAAUCUAAUAACUGUUUGUUUUUCUCCACCUGUUGACCAACACGAGGCGCACGAUUGUUUCUGUUAUUGAACAUCCGUCCUUCUGGUUGUAGCUCAUCCAGUCCACUAAGACUGAUACUUCUGCUGGACGGCAAAGCUUCAUUGAGCUGUUUUAUUUUGUAAUUUGAAAUUAAUGUAAAAUAAAAGCACGUGACUGCUGAAUAUAGCAUUGCCACUGUACGAGAAGCAGCUGUGUUUGUUGAAUAUCUGAUGUUUAAAUCCAGUGAAGCUUCACGGAUCAGACUUUGUUUUAGUUUCCCUUAUUGCCAACCGUUGCUGGACUGUGUUGCACCCAUUCAGUGAGAUUAUCUGAUUUUAUGGGUUUGAAAAGUUUAUUCAGACUGUUUUGGAAGUGAAGCUCUGUGGAAAUUAUAUGCAAUUAAUAUCUUACUUGCUGCAGAUACCGGUAGGUCUAUGUACAUCCUCAGUUUGGAGCAAUAGUUUAAUUCUGACCAGAAUAACAAACGCUUAGCAGCUUGUUAGCGCAAGCCUAAGCCCAAAGUUGAUUGCUGUCGACUUAAAACAACUUUUCAUCUUUAAAAUUGUAUAGCAGUUCUUGCAAAUACUCUCAUUUAAACCUUGCAUUGCUAUCAGUUUGGCAAUCUCUCAGAAAUAUUACAACGUUCCUGCAGAAAUUGCUUUAACGUUGCAUCGCUAGUGCUAAAGCUAGCUGCUGGUAUUUGCUCUUUCAAGUAGUUUCAUGUACAGUAAAUGACAGUAAUGUGGAAAUUUAUGAGCUGUAAAGAGUUCUGAAAUGGGGUUUCUGUGAACCGCUAUGAAAUGUUAGUGGAGUUUUAACACAACGGUCAACUCUGAGCUCGCUACAUUUGUCCUAGUUCGUCUUUUCAACUUCAACGCUUUCUCUACACUGAUCCAAGUUUGAGGUUCAACAGGUAAGAUGUUCGUUAUUUACAGUCCUGCUCUAGAAUCCCUCUUUCCAAAAAUCUCUUUCAAAGCUCAUUGCUGAUGUUCUUUGAGGGCCAGUUGUUCCUCUUUUAAUAAAUUAUUCAUAUUUUUCAGAUAGUCUGUAAAUUCUCCUCGAUGUUGUUCUGUUGUGUCAGAAGUUCCUGAACGGAGCGGCGACGUUACUGAUGUAGGAUUUGUUAUUAAAGGAUGCCAUGUGCAGCUGCAUUUUGUUCAGAGGAGUGUACAUAGGGUUAGAUUAUAUAUACAUCUCUAAAAAUUAAAGUUAUAGCACAUAUAAAUAGAGGUACAUACUGUAGGCUGCCUGUUGUCUUGUGUGGCUUCUCGUAACAGAGACAUGCAUUGUGGGUAAAAAAUGUAAGGAAUUUUGUUGUUUGGUGGAUUUGAAUUGGGAAAUAAUGGUAUGUUUUGUAAAAGCUGAGUUACAUCCUGUGAACAUUUUUGAUGUGAAAGUUUAAAAUCAUCACUGUUUGUUUUAUUACACAUUCAUCGCUACUUUUUAAUUUGCCCUCUGCACAUUGAAGUCAUU